ACAUCGGUUUUAUUGGAUACAUCGAAUAGCAUUGAUGUUUUUUUUUGCUUUCCUACUUCUAGUAAGGUUUAAGUAAACAGUUGUAUUCCUUGUUCGUAUAAGACAAUUAGGAUAUGUUUUCAAGCUCAAUGACAACACAAAGGCUUAAAUUUGUUGAGUGGCUUUAUACAUAUAGUAAAUGCAUGUAUAAUGUAAAGGGCAACAUAAAUGUCUAUAAAAUUUGCAAACCGAAAAGGACUACGACUAAAGGAGCGAUAUGUAGCCCAAAUCUAAUGACUAAAUGUAAUACCAAAGAACCAAUAACCGAUUUUGAAGAAACUGCAAAUUUUAAAUUCAAAACUCUGUUAUAUGAUGAAAAUUCCGACAAUGUCCUAGCCGAAAUCAACUCUUGCGAAGAUAAGAACAAAUUGUCGGAGUUAAUAAAAACAUCACAUCAUAAAUUAAAUCAUAAACAUUUUAUACAGUGCAUUCUAGUUCUCAAAGACCUUUGCCGAAGUAUUCAAUACGAUUCUGAAGACAAAUUACUAGAAAAUAUUUUACAUGGGUUGAAACCUCAUGUAAAAGCGAUGAAUAUAGCGGAACAAAGCUGUUGUUACCUUUAUUUACGCAAAUUUGAGAUACCAAACGAAAAUACCGUUGUUAGUCAGCUGCUGGGCAAUGCUUUGGAAAAAAUUGCGACUACACCAGAUAAUCCAAUUGCUUUACCUGCAUUAUCUCGCCUGGCAGUAGGUAUUAAUACUGGAAAUGACUUCCACGUACCGUCAGUCUGUAAUCACUUCAUUCCUCAUGUAAUGUCUCAUAUUCAACAAUGCAAAAACGAGGACGAUUUACGUUUGAUUUCAGUUUGUCUAAUAAAUCUGCAGCCUUUGAUUACAAUUGAUAUUUUAGAAACAUUUAAGGCGAAGAUAGAUGAUGUACUAAAAAAUUUUACAAUCGGUGCGGAGAAUCAAAGGACUGUAUUAAAAUUGCUACAUUUGUUGAAUCAUCCAGCAUGGUCCCAACAAAACGGGCGUGUUAUUCGCAAUCUGUUAUUACUAUUGCAACCGAAUUUAUCAAAGUUAAGUAUCUCGGACCUUAAAACCACCAGUACAAUUUUCGGUUAUCAUUUGGAGCCUGCAGCUUUAGUUGCCCCACUAAGUUCAUUGAUGAAGGAUUUAAUUCAUUAUCAGCAUAAAACUGAUCUAAUCGCUGCAUAUAUGCCAUUUUUAGAACCACAUCAACGGGAACCUACAGUAGAUGUUUUUAAACAUUCGAUCUCUACUUCAGAACGUUUUCCAAGUCUUUAUGAUGAUGGGGACUUCUUUCAAAUAAUUCGUGCUUUAAAGAUAUCUGAUGCAAGUAUAUGUGAUGCUUACUGGUCUAAUGUGCUAACCUCAGUCAAAAGCAUUGGCCACAAGGAAUCCGAUUUACGAUUUUUAAAACACUGUCAUCGGUACAUGCAUUUUAAUAACAACUUAGGUGGUACAUAUCGUUUCAUACCGCUAGAACGGCGAUUGUGUCAAUUGGCUAUGGAAGCAAUUGAAAACGAUAUAGCUGCCCGAUUGCCCUAUAAAUUUGCACGUUUAGCCUCUUUUGUGCUAGCAUAUGGUCAUACUCCUUUUGGCUGGAAGAAGUUUCCCAAUGUACUACUUUCUAAAAUCAUAUCCAUGUCCUCUCAGUUCAGUGUAAAGGAUUGCUUCUAUCUAAGCCGAGGCAUACAUAUUGCUUUGGAAUUACGAUUUCGUAAUACUACUUCGUCGUUGCUAGUGAUGCAACUCGCCACUUUAGAUAGUGUUCUAACAGACUGUGUUGCGAGACAUCUAGAAAAUAAUUCUUUGUCAAUAUUUGAUUUAAAUACUAUAGUAAGAACCCUUGGAUAUAGAAAGUCUUUCAAAAAUAAAACGAUAUACUAUGAAGCAUUGGAUCGGUACAAACAACUAGAUUAUAAAGAAAUCAACUCACGCACGAUAAGAGAAAUGGCUUUUAACUUCAACGCUGCAAAUUGUUCUGUACCCAUUGCUCUGGAGGCAAUGUUUAGGUAUAUUGAACAUCAUCAUGAAGUUGUCAUUGGAGAUACUGUGGAAAAGGUUUUAACUUGUGCAUAUAAUCUCGGGUAUGCGCCCCAAUCUAACACAGCGCUUUAUAAUGCGGCUCUGGUUUUGAAACGUGACUUCAAACAUAUGAGCGGUUUGUCGGUCGUGCAGGCAUGUCUAGCACUUUGCUACUACAAAUCGAUCCCUGAGGACCUAAUCGAUACGGUGUUUUGUGUGAAGUUUGUUCAGCGGAUUGAGGACGAGAUUCAUAUGUGUUACUCAAAGGCAACAUAUCCAGAACGAGUACUUAAUUUAAUAAUGCAGUUGAAUCGCACAGUCUGUCUGGAUUACCCCGAGGCGAAUGUUCCAUGGUUUCAACAAAACUAUCUCGAAGCACAACUCAGUAAAAAGACUAAAACUCAAGGAAAAUUUGGUGACGAUGUAAAAAAGCUCCUAGCCGCGGUUUUAAGCGACGAAAGCUUCUUCAGCUGCAAUCAUAUAACACCUUACGGAUAUCAAAUCGAUUUUGUGAUACAUUUUGAUAAAAGCCGUAAACCUAUUCCAGUGCCAGCUGAAACUACAAUAUUAGAUCGCAUUACAAAAGUUGCAAUAUUGCUGCUGCGGCUUGAUUCUUACUGUGAAAACGAUCUAACUGCGAUGCGCGGGGCUGAACACCUCAGAACAAAACAUUUGGAAAUGAUGGGUUACAAAGUGUUACACAUCAACGAACACGAUUGGAACACAAGAUACAUGAAUUCCCCGCAAAUAAAAACAAAUUAUUUAAAAUGUCUCCUACAAAUAUAACCACUUAUUCUUUGCAUUCUUUAAACCAUACCAUUCAAUUUCUCAUUAAUAUUAUUAUAAAUGGGAUCCCUACCAAUCUAUGUCCAAACAGUAGUAAUUCACAUCAAUAUAAACUUACUUAUUUCUGACAAAUUUAA